UCUUGCCCCUGUUCUUUGCCUCUGGUUUUGUUGGUGAGGAUAUCACAGUGAUGUCUGCAUUCAACCUGCUGCAUUUGGUGACAAAGAGCCAGCCAGUGGCCCUGCGAGCCUGUGGGCUUCCCUCAGUUUUCCGUAAUGUGUAUCACCAGAGAUCUACUACUACAGAUGUCUGUUCACAUGGUCCAAAAGAAAAUAAAAGGUCAUGUAGGGAUAAAAAGGACUGUAAGGUGGUCUUUUCCCAGGAGGAGCUGAGGAAGCGGCUCACACCUCUGCAGUACCAUGUCACUCAGGAGAAGGGGACUGAAAGUGCCUUUGAGGGGGAGUACACACACCAUAAAGCUAAAGGAAUAUACAAAUGUGUUGUUUGUGGAGCUCCUUUAUUCAAGUCAGAAACAAAGUUUGACUCCAAUUCAGGAUAUAUUCCCUGUUCAAGGUUCUUGCUUCUCAGUCUGCCUGCUGUCUGUAACUCUUCUGUUUGUAAUAAUUGCGGAGAGGGGGAUGACUCUUCUUGUUUCUGCAGUUGGCCUUCCUUUUAUGAUGUGAUCAGUCCUGAUGCAAUUACUUUCAACGAUGAUUUUUCCUAUGGGAUGCAUCGGAUUGAAAUAUCCUGCAGUCAGUGUGGUGCUCACCUGGGGCAUAUUUUUGAUGAUGGACCUCGCCCAACUGGCAAACGGUACUGCACAAACUCUGCUUCAUUGUCUUUCAAGCCAGCAGACAAGAACAACGCUGGAGAAGGCAGCAGUAAUGCCAGUCCUGCCCAAACAGGCAAAGCUGAGCUGUAGGAUGAAGCAAAGCCUGCAGAAAACUGCAUUGAUCCCACACAGCUUACAAGGAAUGUUUUCGAGUUUUCAAGUUGCCUGCUCUCUUAUAUCCUAAGAAUGUUCAAAUGUAUUAAAGCAUUUUGCACCAUUCUUCUUCCUCCUUACCUUUUCAGGACUGAGGCCUUGCCUGCCAUAGCAUUUACUGUAUAAUUGGAUUGAAAAAUUUAUUCACUGAGUCCACAGGUUUCUUUUUUCUUCUUUUCUUUGAGAUUGCAUUGGGGAAUCUUUAAAUUGAGAGGCUUUGACAUCAUUAGUUAUUAGUUUCUUCUUAAUACUGUGUCACUCUAGGUUUAUGCACUAUUCCUUUUUGCGUGGGAAAUGGGACUUGUGUUUAUCUCCAGUCUAUAGGAAACUUCUGGGCAUAAGAAAAUCCUGAAUUCCUAGCACAUCUCUGCUUUGUUCUGACUUGUGAGGCAUGCAGCCUUUGGUCAUAUGUAUUCAACCAUCUCCCAGCAUCAGCCGCACCUUGCAAAAACUUGUAGUUAUGGCUGUUCCUUCCCAACUGAAA